AUGAAACCCGAGAUGGAGAACUCUAUCAAGCCAUUCGUCAUUGUCACGCCUAGAUUGAUCAUCAUUCCCACGCCCACGGCGGUCUCCAUCAGCUCAUACCGGUCGCUGUAUUCGUCUCUUCACGCUAAUGUUGCGUUUUGUGAGAUGGCGUUUGGUCACCAUUUCCCUCCUAGAACGUGGACUGAUGAAGAGACUCGGGAUGUGAUCCAAACGCGUGACAUUCAACGUUGCUGGGGAAGACGCGACUUGGGGGAUUUCGCUGUAGCCUUGCUGCCCUCAGCAUUCCAGACCGACUCGUGCAUGGAACUCAGCAUAGUUAAGGGUGAAAUCUGUGAGCGAUUGUUCAAUCAGAUCGGUCUGGAUGAUUUGCAAUGGGUGGGCUAUGCAGGGGUCCGUGAUGCGACGACGACUUCCCUACCGCCAAGAGAAGCUGCGGACCCGGCUCUCCCACCGUGGCAGGAAAUGAUUGAAGUGCGUUAUGGCAUUUCGCCACAAUUCUGGGGACAAGGUCUUGCCAAAGAAGCAGCAAGAGCUAUCAUGCAGUGGUCUGUGGACGAAAAAGGAGUUAGGAGGUUUAUCGCCGAAAUAGAGAGGGGAAAUAGCAGAAGUGGGAAAUUGUUGCAAAAGCUCGGCUUUACCCCGAGUGGCACGGAUUAUUGGAAAGAGCCCAGUGAGAUUGAGUGGGAAUGCCCGAAAUCGCAGCUGCACUGA